CAAUCAAUGCAUAAUUGUUUAAAGAAAUAUCAAAAUAAACCAUACGAAAUGAAUCAACCUUUGAUUAGAACUCUUUAAAACAAAUGAAACCGUGUCCACUUGCUUGCGAAUAACACAUGUCUUAGAUCCAAAAUUGCCAACUCUCAAUCCAACCUAGUGUGUUAUCUCUAAAAAUCCUCUCAUUUGUUCCUCCUUUGCAAAACAUUUACAGAAGCAGAAAUCAAUGUAUGAUACGCUGAGAAAAAUUUGCAGUUGCAAAGUGGAUUUUUACUGUUUCUGUUUUAUAAUUCUAUAGUGGAAUAACAAAGCACUCGGGCAACAGCUGUUCCCAAAAAGAAAUGGCGAUGAUAGAUAAGAGUUAUUUGAUUCUAUGUUUCAUUGAAGACCUUAAACAUGUCGAUUCUUUCCCAUCCAAGAGAGAUAAUUUCUUAUCUCAAUAUAACAAAUGGUCAGAAGAAUUUGAAAUUGUCUUGAAAUGCUUCAACAAUCUUAGAAAACAAAUUUUGCCACAAUUCAAUCCUUCUCGAUUGCCAUGCCUUUGGGCAACAUUCUUUCUCGUGCUUUGUGUAACUGAAAGCAUCAGGGAAGAAUAUUAUGUUGUUUGUAUACCGGGACUCCUUCUCUAUAUUCUGUUUGUUGUAAUAAGCAUCAUAAUUGCAAUAACUGCAUCAUCUUUCUUAAAAUAUGAUUCAUUCUCCGAUACUUGGAAUUUUAAUAUUCAUGUGAACUGCUUUUUGAAAAAAAUUGAAGAAAAAUUGUCGGAUAUAGACAAGAGACUGAGAUUAGAAAAGAACCAAAACUCCUUAAAGAUAAUUCCCAACAGCAGUGAAGAAGAUCUGUUACUGAUGACACAGAGGAAUUCAAUUUUUGCCAUUUUGUUGCAAUUCUGUGAAUAUAUGUUUGGAUAUAUUUGGUUAUAUGUUUGUCUUGCAUCUGCUAUUAUUUUGUCUAUUCUUUUGUUCACGUUAAACAUCAAACAUUUUCCGUAUUUGUUCAUUUUGGCAUUGAUAUUUUUGAUAUAUCUGUUGCUGUGUCAGUGUUUAAAAUUACGCAGAUGUUCUAUCGAUUUGAAAAGUUUCAAAAUGCAUCUGGAAUAUAAGAAAAGCGUUAUAUUUCGAUGGAAUAGUUUUAACUGCUGUGAAUUUCAAUCGAUAAUGGGUAAAGGAGGUCACAACUGCGUAGCAUUUCUCAAAUUAAUUCAGUGGGAUUCCGACAUCUACUCACUAAUAUUAAACCCGUCACUGGCGUAUGCUGCUGUAGUAGUUCAUGUCGCUUGCAGGUUACAGCGAAGAAUUUACUCUAGAAAUAUCGAAGAAAUUUUGGAAUCUUUAUUUUUUUCUUUCUAAAUUAGGUUAUCAAACACUUAAGACUCAUUCUCAAUUAGAAUUAGUUAAAAACUACAAAUGAAGUCAAUUAGUUUCUACAGAAAAGGUGAGAUGCGAUAUUUGCGGCUCCGACAAUGUGGAAAAAACACAAUAUACGGAAAUCCUGAAAGAAGAUAAACAAUAGUUAAACUCUUUUGAAUUUUUCAUUGAUGAGCAGUUUCACUGCAAGCGAAACUGCUCAUGAAAGAAUAGCUCUGAACUUCCUAAAUAACUUAGAAAGUAAGCCUGUUCUGAGAAAAGACUCACUAAAAAUAGCUCCAAAUAUCUUUAAGUAAAGUAAAAAUUUGUCCUGUUUGUUACGUAUCUUUAAAGACUAACACAGCAAAACUGCUCAGUUCGCAAAGAAAUACUUCAAAUAUCAGUAAUUGGUGCUGUUGGUGACAUUUCUUCAAAGCCUAUCGCAACAAAACUGCUCAGCUCACAAAGAAAUAACUCCAAAUAUCAGUAACUGAUCCUGUUGUUGACAUAUUUUAGAGAUUACCUCAGCAAAACUACUCAGCUCACAAAGAAAUAACUUUGAAUAACAGUAAUCGAUACUGUUUGUGACAUAUCUUCGAAGCCUAUCCCAACAAAACUGCUCAGUUCACAAGGAAAUAACUCCACAUAUCAUUAAUUAAUCCUAUUGGUGACAUAUCUUUAUAGACUACCUCUGCAAAACUACUCAGCUCACAAAGAAAUAACUCCAAAUAUCAGUAAUUGAUCCUGUUGGUGAUGAGUUAUGCUACUGCAGAGAAACUGUUUCACAAAAAAUAUCUCCAAAUAUUUUUAUCGUUACUGCGGGAAAUGGUCCUGUUUGGGACAUAUCGUCAGCGACGGCUAUUGCUGACGAAACAGUUCAUUCCUCGUUGAAGAAUAGAUUAAAAUAAAUAAAUAAAGGUCAAAGUGAUCUUGUUUAUGACGUAGUUCCUGAAUGUUCUUCUUAGUGAAAUAAAAAUAAAACAUUUCUCUGGCA